GUAGGUUGAGAAAAGACCAAGGACCGUGAAAUGAAAUAACACUUUCUUGGAUUUAUCAGGUAUCCGUGUUACCACCUGUAGGAAUUUUUUCAUCGUGCAAUGAUCCAGAACCGUUUCUCAAGGGCGGCCAUUUGCGGUGAAUCGAGUGGAAUCUAAAAGACUCGGGCAAGGAACGCGGGUGGGAGCCUGGCCCUCUUGACGCGCUGGCUGCGGCGGGGAUGUUUGCGGCUGGAAUGCUGCAGCAAAACAGCGGUGGCGGGAACAAGCGUUCCCUGGGCAUUUCACGGUUCUCCAACUCACACUUUUUUCCCCUGUCCUCUGGUUCCGGCACCUGGGGCUUAGGCCGCACUGCUAAGAGCAGCUCUCUGAGCUCCGUCAGCUCUGAGUCGGACAGCGUGGACACGCCUGGGGCUGACCCUGACUACAUUAUGCAGCUGGUGAAUGAUGUACGGCGAUUCACUGAUGUACUGCGUCACCUCAAAGAGGCUUUCCACUCCAAAGAACACCAGGACUGUCUACACCAGGUAGUACACGAGCGUCUGGGCGAGCUACUGCGCGUGCUUAAAGCCGUGAUCGGAAAACAUCAGACGCUCAACUCCGUGGAUAUUCUCAGUGCUGCUGGGACAGUCAUCGCCAAGGUCAAAGGAGUGAACUUCAAUGAAGUGAAUGAAGAGAACAAGCAGAAGCUCUUUGGAGAGAUCUACACAUCUAUAGAUACAUUGGCCUUCACGUUUGGCAAUGUUGUUUCUGACUUCCUUAUGGGAGAUGUAGAGAAUGGAUCAUCCACGGGGCUUCCCCAGACACAAAGAAGCAGGUCUUUUGAGAACCUGUCAGUAGAGUCUGGUGGAUCCGUGCCAGAUGACUCUCCAGGCCCCAGCCCUCCGGCACGGGUGGAGGAGGUGGAUGCAGCACUGCUUAGGAGUGACAGCGGCGUGGAGUCAGCCCUUCACUAUGCCAAAGCCUGGUCCAAAUACACCAAGGAGCUACUGUCAUGGGUGGAAAAACGUCUCAGUAUGGACAUUGAGUGUGCGAAAAGCUACGCUAAAAUGGCCGAAUCUGCAAAGACUCUCGCAAGUCAACAGGAGUACAUGCCUUUUCGGGAAAUCUACGUGUCUGCGUUCAAAAAUGACAUCGAGUACAGUCAGGUCCUCCUUCAGACCGCUGCUGCUCUGCAGGCCAACAAAUUCAUGCAGCCGCUCCAGGCACGCAAGAAUGAGCUGGACAAAUUACGAAAAGAAGUCAAGGAGCAAUGGCAAAGGGAGCAAAAGAAAAUGCACGAGGCAGACAGUGCCCUGAAGAAGGCCAGACUUCUACAGGCUCAGAGACAAGAGGAGUACGAGAAAGCACGGAACUCCACCAGCCGUGUAGAAGAGGAGCAGCUUGGUGGAGGAGGCAAGCAGCUUGAGAAACGACGCAAACUGGAGGAGGAAGCUCUGCAGAAGGCUGAGGAGGCGAAGGAGCAUUACAAGGCCUGUAUCACAGACGUGGGGGUGAAGAGAGUUGACCUGGCCAACGUGAAGACCGAGAUCCUUACACAGAUCAGGGAACUGGUUUUUCAGUGCGACCUGACCUUGAAAGCAGUAACGGUGAACUGGUUCCAAAUGCAACAGGCACAGGUAGUGUCUCUGCCAGUCAACAACCAGUCUCUGUGUGAGAGCGCUAAACUAUACGAGCCAGGCCAGCGCUACACAGAGUUUGUCAGGAAUCUGCCCUCAGACAGGACAAGAGUGGAGUCCUUCUCUUUUGAUGCUCCACUCACACAGAACAACACUGGGUUGCCCAUGACAAAACGGUCGCUGAGCAGCAGUCACUCGUCCCACGGGAACCUCUCGCAGGUGUCCGUCACGUCGGGGGACUUUCUCGGCACAGAGGACGUGGACAGUCCCGUCCACACGCGCGUGGGAAAGAUCUCGGAGAGACAUUCCAGCAGCAGCACAGACAUUCAAGCUCUGAGAUUCCAGGCUCCCCUCCGUGCCUGGGGCACAGGGAGCCAGAGUGGAGGGAUGUGUAGUGACUCUGAGAGUGCUGGAGGCAGCAGUGAAUCUCGCUCCAUGGAUUCCCCUACCGCGAGUCCAGGUGAUUUUAAAAGGAGGCUUCCACGCACUCCUUCCACUGGCACUAUGUCUUCAGCAGAUGACCUGGACGAGAGAGAGCCCCCAUCACCCUCAGACAAUGGCAUCAAUGAAAUGGUGACAGAGACAGCAAGCUCACCCGGACCUUUCCGGAACACACAGAUGUCAAAGGCAGCACAGACACACAAACUGAGGAAGCUCCGCGCUCCGUCUAAAUGCAGAGAGUGUGACAGCCUCGUGGUCUUUCACGGAGCUGAGUGUGAAGAAUGUUCUUUGGCCUGUCAUAAGAAGUGUCUUGAGACACUUGCCAUUCAGUGUGGACAUAAGAAGCUCCAGGGCAAAUUACAUCUGUUUGGAAUCGACUUCUCCCAGGCAGCCAAAAACAGCCCAGAUGGGAUCCCCUUCAUCAUCAAGAAGUGCACUUCUGAAAUUGAGAAUAGGGCCCUGAACAUCAAGGGAAUUUACCGGGUCAACGGAGCUAAAUCCAGAGUGGAAAAGCUAUGCCAGGCUUUUGAAAAUGGGAAAGACCUGGUGGAGCUCUCCGAUCUCUAUCCCCACGAUAUCAGCAAUGUACUCAAACUUUACCUGCGACAGCUCCCAGAGCCUCUCGUCCUGUUUCGUUACUAUAACGACUUCAUUGGAUUAGCCAAAGAGAGUCAGAGCAUCAUCGUGGAUGAGGUAGAGGCUUCGCGAAGCAGCCCCGUCUCAGACACUCCUCAGGUCAGUGUGGAACUCAACAGGGUCCUCUUCAAGAUCAAAGACCUUCUCCGUCAGCUACCUCCGGCUCAUUACAAAACUCUGCAGUUCCUCAUUGGACACCUUCACAGAGUGACUGAAAAAGCAGAAGAGAACAAGAUGACGGCUAGCAACCUGGGAAUUAUCUUCGGGCCUACGUUGAUCAAACCACGGCAGGCAGAUGCUGAAGUCUCACUCUCCUCUCUCGUGGACUACCCGUACCAGGCGCUGAUCGUCGAGCUGUUGAUCCGUCAUUACGAGAUGAUCUUUGAUGCCCCUUUGAGCCCACUCCCAGCCACCUCCCCAGUGGGAGAGAGCUCCCCUCUGCCUAUCAAAUCUCGCUUUACUCCUCAAGAGAAAGAGCAACAGCUUAGCCGACACUCCAGGUCUCUGGUGGACGUUAAGGAGCAGCAAAGCUCUAAAAUGUUCAAAAGGCAUUCUUCGGUCAUUCCUUCCAUGCAUCUCAUGGACGAGGUGAAAGAAGUGAAGGCCCAGCCAGAUGAAACAGACUUUGCACCCGGUCAGUAUGGAUUUGUCAACACAGAUUCAGAAAAACUAAACGGAGUCUUCUCCGAGAGCGUCUCAGAAAUGCAGAACUCUCCUGGGUUUACCCGUCGUAACCACACCACUAGGGUCCAGCUGCGCUGCCCCCGGUCCAAACUGAGCUCCCGGCCUGUAAGCAUGCCUCUGGAGCGCCUCCUGAACCCAGCCAGGGUGGAGGAGCGCAAUGCUAGAAAUUCUGCUGAGCAGGAGGUGGUCGGCGGUUGUGACCCAGCCAUUGAGGAGGUGUGUGAGGAUGAGAAGCCAAAGUCUAGGGUUAGCAGGGACUGCAGGAGCACGUAUAUUGAUACACAAACACUGCGGAGGACAUGGGACAAGCAGUAUAAACAUUAUGAUGUCACUCCUCGCACUGCAAUGAUUGUGUCAAACACACCUGCAGAUAUCGGGUCAAGUGACGCCAAUGCCCUGUCCACCUCUAUACCUUCAUCGUUGUCUGACCACACAAAAACCACCAGGACCAUUUAUGCUAACACGCCCUACACCAUUGCGGUGAGGCCAGGAAGGACUCUGAAGAGAGAGGGCAAUGUGAGUGAAUACAGCCCAGUGUCCACUGCCUUUAGGCCACCAAGGACCCUGCAACCUCCCCCCGGAACAUUCUACAAACCACCCUCGGGUAAUAGAGCGAAACCACUGGAGGACGCAAGGCUAAAGAUUGUCGCAGUGGAAGCCAACAGCAUAGAGGAUGAAGAGGAAGAAGAGGAUGAGGAAGAAGAAGAAGAGGAGGAGUUGGGCCUUGAGGUGGAGGUAUCUGUGGAUGAACCCUUACCAGAGCCUGAGACUCAGAGAUCAAGUCCACCCUGCCUUCCUCAGUCUCCCAGUUCUAGCCCUGAGGAGCAUAGCCAAAGUGAAGCCAAGCCAGUGUAUCAGAGACUCAGGUCCCGACGCGUGCAGGAGUUUGAACACAGAGAGGCCCACUUUGUAUGACCAAUGUCUUACACUAACAUUUGGACUUGAAAUUUCAAAAGUUGUAUCAUAUGUGUUAUAUUGUAUAUGAAAAAGAAAAGCGAACAAUGUCAUGAACUGUGAAGAGACCCCAAGGAAGUGUUAUAUAAAUAUAUUAAUAUAUACUGCGUUAUUUGUUUGAAGUCCAUUGGAAAGCAAGGAUAUGGACCCAGAAUUAAUACAGGAUGCACUUAGUUUAAUUUGUUUUACAUUGUCUCUUCUCUCUAGGCUGUUUCUUCUGAACAAAGCUUGACCUUUAAUUGCAUAUUUGAAAUAAAUAUAAUGUACUGCGUAUUCAUAAUUCCUCUAUGUAGUCCUAUUUUUUUUUUUAACUCAACUCCAGUGUCACUCAGAAAAGCUCCAUUUUGUGCAAUUAGCUUUUUUUUUUUUUUUUAAAUAUGAAUUAUAUUCUGACUUCUCUGUAUAGUACCUUUCUAUACUUAUAUGUUUUACCAAAAAAAAAUGAACUGUUACUGUUUUGUGUAUUGUCACUUUAUUGCAAACACUUUGGUGCACUUACAAGGUUCAAUCAAGUAUUCCAAAAUUAUCAUGGGGCACAAACAUUUCUGCUCUUUUUAAUGCAGUAUUUUUCACAAUUGCAGUAUUUUAUUUGACUUAUGUUUUGGUGAGCAAUGGGAAAGGUUAAUCAUGGGAUGUCACUGAAUCAGAAUCCAAAUACUUGGUGUCACAUUAAAGUGGGUCUUCCAAUCAUGUAGACUGCUGAAGUGCUGCAACAAUAUGUACUGCAUAUGUAAAUAUGGAAGGAUUUUUUUGUUUGUUUGUUUAAUUUCUCCAGAGGAUCAAAUUCAACUAUUUAGACUGGUGUAAUAUAUGAAGCAUCAAAUGUAUUCAGCUGUACCUGUUGUUUUCAUGGUUAAAAUGCACAUAUAUUUAUGCACGCCUGUAUGUCAUCAGUCAUCAUUUUCACAUGCACCCCACCACAAGAGUCGAUAAUGCCAAAGUAUGUGCAUUGUCCCUAUAAACUCUAUGUAUCCGUUUACAAUUUAUUAAUGAUGUACCAGGGUUCAUAUUCAGAAUUUCAAAUUGUUAUAACGCCUCCGAUGUACAAACAGGAACAUGUGAGAAUACACUCUUUUUGUAACUUAUUAAAAAUAAUAGUUGAGAA